GGUUCGGAAUACAUUCCUAUCCUGCUCGACCUUGUGUCGUCCCUGGCAUCUCUCGAUGAAUCAGAGGAGCAGCAGAGCGCAGUGGAGCAGUGGUACAAGCCAUUAUGCAAGAGCUGCUGUUGUCGCUAGGCCUUCAGCCCCUGGAGAUGAAUCCGCUGGGUCUUUUGCCUUCCAUGGGCGACCUGUUAAACCACAACAACAACAACAACAACAACAACAACAACAACAACAACAACAACAACAACAACAACAACAACAACAACAACAACAACAACAACAACAACAACAACAACAACAACAACAACAACAACAACAACAACAACAACAACAACAACAACAACAACAACCAAAGCAGCAACAACAUCAAAUGGCAGAAGAAAGACCAUUCGCUGCAGAAGUAGUUGUAAAUCAAACGGUUUUCCCUAA